UCCAGUUGUGGCGCUAUAGUUCUGCCACCGUAAAAGCCUGAGAACGAGGAGUGUAGCCUACCGCAGAACAUAGGAGACGUUUUACUUUACCACAUCUCGACUCGUGAGCUGACCGUUUUAAAGAUCUCAUGUUCGUUUGAGGGAGAAAGCGGAUUCCACACUGAUGUUACGGCCCUACAGUACCUGAGGCAGUGGAAAUCUGGGGAGACGAGCAUCCACAGGAUUCAGUGAGAGGGAAGAGAUGACAUUCUAAACGUUAAGAGAAAGGAAUAGAACCGGACUUGGCACUGUGCCUUGGGGGACACCCAUCUUUUUUGGGGACUGGACUGGUUGCAACGCCCUCACCAUUCCACCCUAAGCGGCGUUCUUGUUCUCCAACACGUCCUCCUCUGCCUGCAGGGCGUCCAGAGAACCAGGGCCUCCGGACCCACUCAGAGAAAAGCAGCAGCACAGUAGGGAUGAGCGAGUUCUGGCACAAGAUUGGCUGCUGCGUGGUGGCCAAACCUCCACCGAGGAAGAAGCGCAGGAAAAUCGACCGCAGCAUGAUCGGCGAGCCCACAAACUUUGUCCACUUGACACACAUUGGCUCUGGGGAGAUGGCAGAGGGCCGGGCCCCGUCGGGGCCGGUCCAGGAUAAGAUGAGGUCAAAAGGACCCAGUGCCAACGGCCGCAAGAGCAUGUUAUAGCUGCUGCCUACCAAGCAUGGAGAACCAUUUCCAUCCUCCGCUAUGCGCCCCUCUCAUCCCAAAUCAAAAGCAGUCACUGCAGCGUAACCUGUUUCCAAUGGAGCACUUGGCAAACCUGAGAGCGGACCCUAACAGAGAGCAUAGAGGCUCUUCCUGACGUCUGCAGGAUCUAUUUAGCCAAACAGGACGAUGGCCUUUCUGUGGUCACCACAAGAAUCGCCCUGCUCAGAGGAGGAUAGACUGACAUGUUUUUAUGCUUUUUAAAGAAAAGUAUUUGUCUUUCUGAUGGACUUUGGACUUCCACUGUAUUUCAGCCAACAACGUUACUGUGUCUGUGCCAGCAAGUGUAUGGGAUGGAGCCGGUGAGAGUGUUUAGCUAAAUUUGUUGACUAACAUGGCUGAUUCCAUUUCAGGAAGUGAAGAUUAUGUUCUCAAGGAUCACCUGAAUGUUGCAAACCAUUGACCUACUGCCAAACAAACUAUUUUGUGUAUCUGUCUAAUGAAUGAGGAUGCACCUUUUAUUUUCCUACAGUGCAUAGUUAAAGGUGUCUUCGUGUGUGUUUAUAAGUGCAAAAUGCUAUGUGAUUUUGUUGCUGUUUAGAUACCAGUACUGAGUAGUGUUAUUUUGAUUGUACCAGUUGCCAUAGAGCUGCAUUUGGACUGCUACCCAGUUGCCAUAGAGCCCCAUUUGGACUGCUACCCAGUUGCCAUAGAGCCCCAUUUGGACUGCUACCCAGUUGCCAUAGAGCCCCAUUUGGACUGCUACCCAGUUGCCAUAGAGCCCCAUUUGGACUGCUACCCAGUUGCCAUAGAGCCCCAUUUGGACUGCUACCCAGUUGCCAUAGAGCCCCAUUUGGACUGCUGCCAAAAUAAAGGAAACCCCAACAUAGUGUCUUUAAUAGGGCACUGGGCACUACGAGCCAGAACAGCUUCAAUGCACCUUGGUAUAGAUUCUACAAGUGUCUGAAACUCUUGGAGGGAUGCGACACCAUUCUUCCACCAGAAAUUCCAUCAUUUGGUGUUUUGUUGAUGGUGGUGGGAAACGCUGUCUCAGGCUCCGUUCCAGAAUCUCCCAUAAGUGUUCAAUUGGGUUGAGAUCUGGUGACUGAGACAGCCAUGGCAUAUGGUUUACAUAGUUUUCAUACUCAUCAAACCAUUGUGACCACUCGUGCCCUGUGGAUGGGUCAUUGUCAUCCUGGAAGAGACCAUUCCCAUCAAGGUAGAUCUGUUUCACCCUACAGUAGGUAGUGGUUAGAGCGUUGGACUAAUAACCGGAAGGUUGCGAGUUCAAACCCCCGAGCUGACAAGGUACAAAUCUGUCGUUCUGCCCCUGAACAGGCAGUUAACCCACUGUUCCCAGGCCGUCAUUGAAAAUAAGAAUAUGUUCUUAACUGACUUGCCUGGUUAAAUAAAGGUUAAAAAAAAAAAAAAAAAGUGAUCACUCAGAAUAGCUGUGUAUUUACUGAAGUUGACCUUGUCCUCUAUGGGGUUGAGUGGACCUAAACCAUGCCAGGAAAAUCCACCUCCACACCAUAAGAGCUGCCAAUAAGUACCCUCAUUUACUGGUGUGUCCUUUUGAGCAGUUACCUGUAGCUGGUCACUGUGAUACACAAUUUACUAGCACCUACUCUGAAAACCCCUAACUAUUAGUCAGCAGGAAGAGUCUGUUAGUAACAGGGGUUGUUGUUGUCGAAACACCCUGACCGUUACGGGGCUUUCCAGUGAUCUAUCCUGGAAUUACUCGGGAAUGCCACUCAUUAAAUCAACUUGAGCUUGUUGUAGGUGACGUGCACUCCAAGCUGGCUUGUGUCCUACAUGACAUCCACACGAUUCUGAAACCAGGUGGGAGUUUUAAAUAUCUGUUAUAAAUCAUGCAGUAGAAAUGAAAGUUUGUUUCCUGUACACAACUGUAUUUCUGACGUGCUUAGUAUACACAAUCUGUUGUGAAUAACUCGUCACUCUGUAGUUGUUUUUGCUAAGUGUGUCCAUAUUGGGGAAAACUCUGAAAUGGGAUGUUUUUUAAAUAUGGUAUCUUGUGUGAUUUCCUAGGCUGUUAUCCUAUAGCAGAACAUAUGGAGUAUAGAUGGUGUUGUACCUGAACAGUAUGUUGUCCCUUCACUAAUACCUUAUCUGUUUUAUACACUGGGCUUAAAGUUGACUUGAUGCUGAAGGUGGGACUUUGCAUACUGCUUGGUGGCUUUCCUGUCUUUGGUAGAGCUUGUAAUACUGAGUACAUUCUCAGCCCAACAGAAUGACUGCUGCCUUCAAGUUUCUGGGACAAUGUACAUUGGUAACGUCAGUAACUUGAGUCUGUUGGAAUUUCAGUGUCUUUCCCAUCUUUAUCAUGGUUGUUGUUAGACCAAAACUCAAGUUCAUUAGAAAUGAUUUGUGCAAUCUGUUGAUUUGUCCUGAAAUACAGUUCACAUUCUGAAUAGAA